GAGGAAAAAACAUGUCUCAAAAGCAGAUGAAGGAGGCUUUUGUCAGUAACCUCAAUGGAACCACCGUGCUAGAAGUCACCCAGGGCUUGUGCUUUCCCGCACUCUGUGUCCUGUGCAGAGGGCUCCUGAUCAUUGUCUCACAGCACCUGUAUUCUUCACAUGCCUGGAGGUUUUUCAUUGACUUCUUUGUCCUAGUAGUUCCCCUGGUGGCCACUUUGACCAUUUUGUCUUCAUUUAUCCUCAUUGAGAACCUCACUGUGAUUCUCUUUGGGGCGGGGCUGUUCUAUCAAAUAUACCGAAGGAGGACUUCCCAUGCCAGAUUGCCUAUCCAGAAAAUCCUUGAAAAAUUCUGGAAAAUUAGCCUAGAAUCAGAAUACAUUCCAGCCAUCUCUUGUUUCCGUGUAGUUAACAGUAUAUUUACUGCUAUCGCCAUUUUGGCUGUGGACUUCCCACUUUUCCCCAGAAGAUUUGCUAAAGCUGAGCUCUAUGGGACAGGAGCAAUGGAUUUUGGAGUAGGCGCUUUUGUUUUUGGGACUGCAAUGGUUUGUCCAGAGAUCAGAAAGAGAAAAUACAUGGAUGGGUCCAAAUUUUAUUAUUUUAUGAAGUCAUUGUACUCUGUUUGGCCGUUAAUCUUCCUUGGAGUAGGACGAUUAGUCAUCAUAAAAUCCAUAGGCUAUCAGGAACAUUUAACUGAGUAUGGAGUUCACUGGAACUUUUUCUUCACCUUAAUAGUUGUGAAAUUGUUAACAUCAUUGCUUUUGAUGGUUUUCCCGCUAAAUAAGUCCUGGAUUGUAGCCAUUAGCGUUACUGUAUUGUAUCAGUUAGCGCUUGACUUUACCCCAAUGAAGAGGUUAAUUCUGUAUGGCACUGAUGGCAGUGGCACAAGAGUUGGUUUAUUUAAUGCCAACCGAGAAGGAGUAAUUUCGACCUUGGGGUACGUGGCAAUACACAUGGCCGGUGUGCAGACGGGGUUGUAUGUGCUGAAGAACAGAUCAGAUGCCAAAGAGUGGGUCAAAGUAGGAUGCUGUCUUCUUCUGGCAGCUGUUGGCCUCUUUAUAGCUCUUUAUAUAGUUCAGGUACAUGUAGAAGUGGUCUCUAGAAGAAUGGCCAAUUUAGCCUUUUGUAUUUGGAUAGUUGCUUCUAGCCUGAUCCUUCUUGGUGGUUUAUUUCUGAGUGAUAUGAUUUUGAGUUUUGCCAAAUUUCUAAUUAAAGGAGCUCUAGUACCAUGUUCUUGGAAACUUAACCAAUCACCUGCUACAAAUAAAAAGCAUUUGGAAUCGGUAGUCCCUGAAGCUGACAGAAAAGAAUCCAGUCUCUGUUUAAUCACAGCUCUGAACAGAAACCAGCUAGUUUUUUUCUUGCUCUCAAAUCUGACAACUGGCCUGGUCAAUCUCAUGGUGGACACGUUACACAGCAGCACCUUAGAGGCUUUAUUGGUACUCAGCUUGUAUAUGUUUACCAACUGUUUGAUCAUAUAUGUACUUUAUUUGCAAGAUAAGACUAUAAAGUUCUCGUGAUCAACAGGAUCUAUCUGUAUUUGAGCAGUAUUUUAUUGGGAAAGAAUAAGUGUAAAGAAAAUGUACUUUUGGCAACCCAGUCUCAGACAUAUUUUAUUAUAAAAUUAGUUUCAGCCCCUCUCUUUACUGCAGUGAGGCUUAAUGUUUUCAAUGUAUUUCCACAGCAUA